AUGCGGAAUUCAUAUAACGAAAAUAAUACUUCGAACUUCGCCCUCUCCCAAGCUAUCCUUCCUAUAUUUGCAGCUAUCCUUCCUAUAUUUGCAGCUAUCCUUCCUAUAUUUGCAGCUAUCCUUCCUAUAUUUGCAGCUAUCCUUCCUAUAUAUGCAGUUAUCCUUCCUCUAUUUGCAGCUAUCCUUCCUCUAUUUGCAGCUAUCCUUCCUCUAUUUGCAGCUAUCCUUCCUAUAUUUGCAGCUAUCCUUCCUCUAUUUGCAGCUAUCCUUCCUAUAUUUGCAGCUAUCCUUCCUAUAUUUGCAGCUAUCCUUCCUAUAUUUGCAGCUAUCCUUCCUAUAUAUGCAGUUAUCCUUCCUCUAUUUGCAGCUAUCCUUCCUCUAUUUGCAGCUAUCCUUCCUAUAUUUGCAGCUAUCCUUCCUGUAUUUGCAGCUCUCUUUCCUAUAUUUGCAGCUAUCCUUCCUAUAUUUGCAGCUAUCCUUCCUAUAUUUGCAGCUAUCCUUCCUAUAUUUGCAGCUAUCCUUCCUAUAUUUGCAGCUAUCCUUCCUAUAUUUGCAGCUAUCCUUCCUGUAUUUGCAGCUCUCUUUCCUAUAUUUGCAGCUAUCCUUCCUAUAUUUGCAGCUAUCCUUCCUAUAUUUGCAGCUAUCCUUCCUCUAUUUGCAGCUAUCCUUCCUAUAUUUGCAGCUAUCCUUCCUCUAUUUGCAGCUAUCCUUCCUAUAUUUGCAGCUAUCCUUCCUGUAUUUGCAGCUAUCCUUCCUGUAUUUGCAGCUAUCCUUCCUGUAUUUGCAGCUAUCCUUCCUAUAUUUGCAGCUAUCCUUCCUAUAUUUGCAGCUAUCCUUCCUAUAUUUGCAGCUAUCCUUCCUGUAUUUGCAGCUAUCCUUCCUGUAUUUGCAGCUAUCCUUCCUAUAUUUGCAGCUAUCCUUCCUGUAUUUGCAGCUAUCCUUCCUAUAUUUGCAGCUAUCCUUCCUAUAUUUGCAGCUAUCCUUCCUGUAUUUGCAGCUAUCCUUCCUGUAUUUGCAGCUAUCCUUCCUAUAUUUGCAGCUAUCCUUCCUGUAUUUGCAGCUCUCUUUCCUAUAUUUGCAGCUAUAUUUCUUAUAUUUGUAUUUAUAUUUCCUAUAUUUACAACUAUAUUUCCUGUUCAUUAUUAUGUUCCCAUUUUCCUUGAACUGACAGUAUAUAGUGUUAAACCCAUCAUAUCCUCUCGCUUAUCAUACACCCCUGUUAUACCACUCCUCUACACCACGCCCACACUGCUCAACACCACGCCCACACUGCUCAACACCACGCCCACACUGCUCAACACCACGCCCACACUGCUCAACACCACGCCCACACUGCUCUACUCCACCAUCACGCCCACACUGCUCAACACCACCAUCACGCCCACACUGCUCAACACCACCAUCACGCCCACACUGCUCUACUCCACCAUCACGCCCACACUGCUCAACACCACGCCCACACUGCUCAACACCACGCCCACACUGCUCAACACCACGCCCACACUGCUCAACACCACGCCCACACUGCUCAACACCACGCCCACACUGCUCAACACCACGCCCACACUGCUCAACACCACGCCCACACUGCUCAACACCACCAUCACGCCCACACUGCUCAACACCACGCCCACACUGCUCAACACCACCAUCACGCCCACACUGCUCAACACCACGCCCACACUGCUCAACACCACGCCCACACUGCUCAACACCACCAUCACCCAACCAGCCCUCAGUCAGCCAACCAGCCCUCAGUCAGCCAACCAGCCCUCAGUCAGCCAGCCAACCCUCAGUCAGCCAACCAGCCCUCAGUCAGCCAACCAGCCCUCAGUCAGCCAAUCAGCCCUCAGCCAGCCAACCAGCCCUCAGUCAGCGAUCCAGCCUCCAACCAGUCAGCCAACCCUCAGCCAGCCAACCAGCCCUCAGCCAGCCAACCAGCCCUCAGUCAGCCAACCAGCCCUCAGUCAGCCAACCAGCCCUCAGUCAGCCAACCAGCCCUCAGUCAGCCAACCAGCCCUCAGUCAGCCAACCAGCCCUCUGUCAGCCAACCAGCCCUCAGUCAGCCAACCAGCCCUCAGUCAGCCAACCAGCCCUCAGUCAGCCAGCCAACCCUCAGUCAGCCAACCAGCCCUCAGUCAGCCAACCAGCCCUCAGUCGGCCAACCAGCCCUCAGUCAGCCAACCAGACCUCAGCCAGCCAACUAGCCCUCAGUCAGCCAACCAGCCCUCUGUCAGCCAACCAGCCCUCAGCCAGCCAACCAGCCCUCUGUCAACCAACCAGCCCUCAGUCAGCCAACCAGCCCUCAGUCAGCCAAGCAGCCCUCAGCCAGCCAACCAGCCCUCUGUCAGCCAACCAGCCCUCAGUCAGCCAACCAGCCCUCAGUCAGCCAAGCAGCCCUCAGCCAGCCUUUAA